AUGGGCUCUGAAGGGAGAAAACUCAUUUGCGUCGUUGGUGCCACUGGCAACCAAGGCGGCUCCGUGGCUCGCCGGUUUCUCGCCGCUGGGUUUCGGGUCCGUGGUCUCACUCGCAAUCCUGCCUCUCCCGCAGCACAAGAACUCGCAUCACAAGGUGCGGAGCUGGUCGAGGCAAAUCUCGACGACCCAAGCAGCCUCGACAAGGCCUUUGCCGGAGCAAAUGUCAUCUUCAGCGUCACCGACUACUGGGAGCCCUUCUUCCACCCGCAAUGCCGCAAGGCUGCCGAGGCCCAGGGCAUUUCGUAUCGUCGAUUUGCCUACGACACAGAGUAUCGCCAUGGCAAGAACAUUGUCGACGCCGCUGCAAAGGUUGCCGGUUCGCUGGAUGCGAAUGGCUUUCUCGUUUCCACAUUGAGCCACGCGGGCAAGUGCAGCGGCGGCAAGUUCAAGGAGUUGUAUCAUUUUGACUCCAAGGCCGACAUCUUCCCGGCCUAUGUCAAAGAGCACUAUCCCGAGCUUGCAGCCAAGAUGUCGUGCAUCCAGACGGGCUUUUUCUACACAAGCUUCAACAUCCUGCCGCAAUCUUAUUUUGGUAAACUUCCUAAUGGGCAACUCGAGAUGGCUUUUGCCACGGAUUCUACAAAGAUAAUUCCUCAUUUCGCUCCCGUUGACGACAUGGGGCCUUUCACCUAUGCUGUCUGGCAGAUGCCUCCUGGAAAGGAUUACAUGGCCGCAGGAACAAACUGCACUUGGCCCGAGUUUAUCAAAACCUGGAGCGAAGUUUCUGGCGUUCCAGCUACCUACAGACAGAUUUCUCCCGAGGAGAUGAUUGUGGCAACUGGAGAGCCGCAGCUUGGAGGCGAGAUUACCGACAUGUUCUUGUACAGCUCACAACCAGGCUAUGAUGGUGGCAUGGAUGUUUUGCAAGCAGAGGACAUUAGAAAGGCCGGCAUUGACUGUCCCAUGACAACCUGGGAGGAGUGGGCAAAGAGGCAAGACUGGGUGGCGAUUCUCGCUCGUUUGCAUGGCACUGCUCAAUAA